AUGGACGCUGCCGGCCAUGCUCUCUACCACGCCAACUCCCUCUACGCGCGCAUGGGCGCUUCCUCCGGCGACUCCAAAUCUCGACCUGGAUACUACAAGAUCGUGGGGAUUGUCUUGGCUGUCUGCUCGGGCCUCUUCAUCGGCGUCUCCUUCGUCAUCAAGAAGGUGGGAUUGCUGAAGGCGAAUGUCAAGUACAAUGAAGAAGCUGGAGAAGGAUAUGGAUACCUCAAGAAUGCGUGGUGGUGGUUGGGCAUGACGCUGAUGAUCAUUGGGGAAGUCUGCAACUUUGUCGCAUACGCUUUUACGGAUGCCAUUCUGGUCACUCCCCUGGGUGCUCUGGCUGUCGUCCUGACGGCUAUCCUGAGUUGGGUCUUCUUGAAGGAGAGACUGAGCUUCGUCGGCUGGGUGGCCUGCUUCCUCUGCAUCGUGGGCAGUGUGAUUAUCACUCUCAAUGCACCCGAGCAGAGCGCCGUCGCCGACAUCCAGGACAUGCAGCACUAUGUCAUCACCCCCGGCUUCUUGAGCUAUGCUGGAAUCAUCAUCGUGGGGUGUGUCAUCGUCGCCUGGUAUGUGGGGCCACGAUAUGGCAAGAAGAGCAUGAUGGUGUACCUCACGAUCUGCUCUUUGAUUGGAGGUCUGAGUGUGGUUGCCACGCAAGGUCUGGGUGCGGCCAUCAUUGCGCAAAUCAAUGGCGAAGCGCAGUUCAACAAGUGGUUUACAUAUGUCUUGUUCGUCUUCGUUAUUGGCACGCUGCUGACAGAAAUCAUCUAUCUGAAUAAAGCACUCAACCUCUUCAACGCCGCCCUCGUCACACCCACCUACUACGUCUACUUCACCUCAUCCACCAUCGUCGCCUCCGCAGUCCUGUUUCAAGGGUUCCACGGCACCGCUACACAAAUCGUCGAUGUCAUCAUGGGCUUUCUGGUCAUCUGCUCAGGGGUGGUACUACUGCAACUCGCCAAAUCCGCCAAAGACGUCCCCGACUCCAAAGUUCUGGAUGGCGAACUCGAUCAAAUUCGAACAGUUGCGGAAGUCGCAGAACCCGAGUACGAGCCUCGUGCGGAUACAAUUCGUGGAGGUGCAGGCAUUGUCAGGGCGAUGAGUCAGGUGCGGACGAAGCGGCAGGCUGAAGAAGCGAAGAGGAUACACGAGGAGAGGAUGGAGGCUAUUGGGGAGGAUGAGACUGUUGAAUGGGAUGGUCUGCGGAGGAGGAAGACUGUCUCGACGGAAGGGCCUGGGUCGCUGCGUAGGAGGAAGACCGUACACCCACCACUGGGCAUGUCGCAUUUCCCGGAUCCUGACGAAGUCUCCGAACCUGAUAGCGAGGUGCAUCCAGGGUUCUUCGGCCGAAUAGGAAGAAGCAUGCGGUCAUCGAAACACCAGCGAGGACACAGCCCUGUGCCAAUGGACAGCGUGCCAGCUGACAAGGAGGAAGCAUUGCACGUAUACGGCCUCCCACCAGGUCUUCAAAAGUCCGACGCCCAAUACGACGACACAGCAUACCACUCCCCCGGCGGAGGACCAUCAGGAAGCACCCACAUCCACUGGGCCGGCCAAGAUGUCGACCGCGAACGGGCAGACUCCCGAGGAAGCAGCCUCGCACCGCCCAGACCCCCACCCCACGGCGGCGCGCCCUCAUCAUCAGGAGCCAAACGCCAAUUCUCCUUCCAAAACGUCUUCUCCCGGAAUAAGAGCAACGCCAGCACCGACGACGGCCAGCGACCGAUUAGUAGAGGCGCCCUGUCCUUCGCGAGCCGACGCAGCAGUCGCGAUUAUCCCACGGGAAACGCCACGACCGAAGAAGAGCGCCUCGGUCUGGUGCACGGCGACUCGCAUAAGAUCCUGCCGAAGUUCGACGAGGAAGCCGAAAGAGAGAGCAGUGACGAAUGGCAAGUCACCAGCGGGUCCAUGUCCAGCUCACCGGAGCAGCUGGGCGCGAGCGCGGAUUUGGGGCAGAGAAGAAGGCGGGAUCCGUACGAUGAGGACGAGGAUGAUGGGUUGUAUGACGAGCCGUUGAGGAGUCCUGCGAGGGAGGAUAGUGGUGAUCGGGGUGGCAAGGGAGGCCGUGCGUUUGUCUAG